GAAAAAAUAUGGCGGCUGAUGGUUUGCUUUUUCAUUAAGAAUUAACUUGUGAAUUUUGAGCUACUUCAUUGCAGAUUUUCUCUGUGAUCCGAGUUUAACUGACUUUUAAAGUACAGAUCAGCCAUGAGGCACAGUAUGCCUCCUCCUUUGAUGGCCCAGAGGGCUGUCCCACCAAAUGUGAGAGGGCCCCCACCUCGUGGACCCACAGGGCAAGGUCCCAGAGGGUCUUUAUUGGGUCAACCACCUGGAGGUUUUAUGAGGGGACCGUUUGACCCAAGGAAUAUGAUGAACAAUACAAGACCGCCUUUUGGAGGACCUCUGGGCAAUGCUCCCAUGUUGCCAAAUAUACAGUCAAGGCCCAUGAUGCCAAAUCAAAUGCCACCAAUGAUGCCAAAUCAGCAGCAAAUGCCGAUGCAGAUGGCUCAGCAGCAGCAGCUAUCUCAAGGCAAAGAUCCACCUAUGAUUGAUACCAAUGGUGACAUGUGGUUAGAACACAAGACUUCAGAAGGAAAAGUGUAUUAUUACAAUGCAAGAACCAGAGAGUCUGCUUGGGAGAAACCCAAAAACCUUGUUACUCCACCUGCGCAAAAUCAACAGCCUGCCCAAUCUGGACAGCAGACAUUGCAGCCAGUUCAAGGACAAAACAUUCCUCCUGAAGGGCAACAGCAACAAACACCAGCUGCAGAGCCGGAAGCAAAGCCAGGAGAUACAGUUAAUACGCAGCAGAAUCAACAACAAGUGGGAACUCAGAAUGGUGCACAGCAGGUAGCAGGCGGCACUAAUGUAACAGCAGAUAAGCUACCACCACAAAACAAUCCUGGUAUGCCAUCACCUGGUCCUUUCCCGUCAAGUAUGCCACCUCCGCGACUGCCUCCCCCAGGAAUGAUUCCAGGUAUGAUGCCGCCACGCCUUCCGCCAACAGGUAUGCCUCCCCCAGGUAUGCCUCCUCCAGGGCUGCCCAUGCCACCAAUGGGAAUGCCACUGCCUCCUAGGAGUGAUUGGUCUGAGCAUCGUGCAGGAGAUGGAAGGGUGUACUACUAUAACUCCAAGACUCUACAGUCUACCUGGGAGAGACCAAAGGAAAUGGACCAGCCACUACCUCCAAUGCCAGGGAUGCUUCCACCAGGUACAGGAGUCAUGUCAGAUUCAUCCUCUCAGGGUAAUGCUGGGGAUAAGGAAAAGUCCACGGAAGGUGAAGCAAAUGAGGAAAACAAUGAAGAGAGCAAGACAGUGAAAGAUGAAGAAAAAGAAAAUGAUGAAGCUAAGAAGGAUGAAGGCCAGGAAGAUGAUGGUGACAAGAGCAAACCUGUUGCCAGUCAACUAAUUCCAGGAACAAGCUGGUGUGUGGUAUGGACUGGAGAUGAAAAGAUGUUCUUUUUCAAUCCUACAACGCGACUGUCCAUAUGGGAGAAACCAGAAGAGCUGGAGGAUAAUGAUAAAGUUGAUGAUAUUGUCAGCAAGGGACCUCCUAAAAGGCAACCGUCAACUGAAUUAAAGAGAGAGAACAAGACUCCAACAGAUGAAGAUACAGAUGAAGUCCCUCCAGCCAAAAAACAAAGGACUGCAAGCCAAAGUGAGGAAGUACUUGAUGAACCAAUGACAGAAGAGGAACUAAAGGAAGAUGUGCCACAAUCAAAGCCCUACGAAGAACAGGCUCCGCCAGCUGAAGAGCCUGUAGCUGUAGUCCAAACAACCAGAAAUGUGCCUGCACAGGAGAAGAAAAAGAUGCUUUCGCUUGAGGAGAGAAUGAAAGAGUUCAGAGAAAUGAUGUUAGAGAGAGGGGUGUCAGCAUUUUCAACCUGGGAAAAAGAGCUGCCAAAAAUUGUAUUUGAUCCUCGAUUUUUACUGCUGACCCAAAAAGAACGGAAGCAGUGUUUUGAAAAAUUUGUGCGCACACGGGCAGAUGAGGAGAGGCAAGAAAGAAAGAAUAAACUGAAGGCCAAAAAAGAUGAGUUUAAGGCUCUGGUAGAAGAAGCUAAAACUGCAGGAAAAACAUCGUUCAGUGAGUUUGCUAUGAAGUAUGGAAAAGAUGAUCGCUUCAAAGGCAUAGAGAAGAUGAAAGAAAGAGAGACUCUUUUUACAGAGUUUAUGGCUGAGCUGAAAAAGAAGGAAAAAGAAAAUCUGCGAGUCAAGCAAGAUAAGAUUCGUAAUGAUUUUGAGGAACUAUUGGAUGAACAGAAACUAGACAAUAAGGCUCAGUGGCGUAAGGUUCGUCACAAGAUAGAAAAAGACCCUCGCUACAAGGCGGUGGAAAGUUCUUCACAGAAAGAAGAGUGGUUUAAGGAACAUAUCGAACAAAUUUACAAGAAAGAGAAUGCAGAUAAAGAAAAAGAAAAAGAGAAACAGGAAAGAAUAGAAGCAAGUCUCAGGGAACGAGAGCGUGAGGUCAGGGCAAGUCAAGCUGAACUUGCUAAGGCCAGAGAGAAGGAGAAGGAACAACACCUCAGAGACAAAGCUGAACAGCAUUUCAAUGCAUUGUUAGCUGAUAUGGUUCGCAAUGCAGAUGUAGGCUGGAAGGAGACAAAAAAGACAUUGCGUAAAGACCAUCGCUGGGGAAUGGCUGAUGCCCUGAGUAAAAAUGACAAAGAAGCACUUUUUAAAAGCCACAUAGAAAGCUUAAACCAUAGAAAAAAGGAGCAGUUUAGAAAACUAUUGGAUGAAACUCAUGAGUUAACCCUUACUUCAUCAUGGCGAAGUAUUAGAAAACUAAUUAAAGAGGACCCCAGAUAUUCCAAGUUUUCGAGCCAGGACAGAAAACGUGAAGAAGAGUUUAACCAAUAUCUGCGAGAUAAACUGGCAGAUGCCAAAGGGGACUUUCGGCAGUUACUGAAAGAAACGCAUUCAUUAACAUACAAAACAAAGAAACAAAUUGAUGAAUCUCAUAAACAUCUAAAAGAUAUCGAAGAAACUCUUAAGAAAGACAAAAGAUACUUGAUACUGGAAUGUGUUCCAGAAGAACGAAACAGAUUGCUCAACAGUUACAUUGAUGAGCUGUUCAGGACUGGACCACCCCCUCCUCCAACAGCUUCCGCACCAUCAAACAGAUCCAAAAUGCAUUGAUGAAGAGCACAAGAAUAUUAUUGCACAAUGAAAACUGACUUUUACUCUCUUUGAAGUAAAUGAUAUUGACCUGAAUUUCAUCACAAAACACCCUUGAUACUUUUAUUCAGUAAAUACAUGAAACUCUUUGAAAUUUGAUUUUUAUCCUAUGGUCCUUGAAAUUCUGUUUUGAAAUCUCUAUUAACUGGUUUAUGGCCUUUUUUUUUAAUGUUGAUGAGAAAAGAUUUGACAGAGAUUGUCUUUGGCCACAGUGCAGGCAUCUCAUAAAAUUAGAGUGAGUUUAUAUUACAAGCUGGGGAUUGUUUAUUCAACCCAUCAUGUUAGAUUUAGAGAGGGGGAUUGACCCCACCCCAUCCUCUCCUUCUUUUUGACUAUCCCUCACCCCUUUGGUACAAAUUUCUUCCUCUUUCUAUUCUUCCCCUUCUAUAAAAAUCACAGAUGGCAGCUAUAAUUUUCACCAAGAAAAUACUUAGUGGUUGCUUGCCAAUCAACAAUCAGAUCUUGGGAGUUACAGGGUUAAGACAGCUUUUGGUUUUACUCUUGUUUUGAAACUGAGUUACCUUUGAAAGAGAAAUGGUUUAAAGACAGUUUAGAGGUACCUCUCUUUUGAUUGAUUUUCAAGCUUUAUUUUUAGACUGAAAGCUUGAAAUUUAUCUGGGAUUGGAGAGAAAUGUUUAGCAUUGCUAUUUUUACAAAUUGUGCCUUCCUUUUUGCUCUUAAUGCCCAUAACAUUGUAAAUUUUGCAUUCAUCUUGGAAAAAUCAAAUGGUGCAGUCAGUUAUAAAAUACAUUUCUUUAGGCAGCAUUUCUACCAAAUUUUCUUGAAAAAAAAGAGGAAGCAAGAAAGAUUAAGCUCUUUUUUUGUCUUAUAUGCUCAUAUCUUGGCCAUGAAGGUGAGAAAAAUUGAGAUAUGACUACUGUUUGCUGCUAAAAAAGAUUAUGAUGUAGUAUUGUCAUUUUUUUCUUCAUUAUUUAUAUGAUCCUUAGGAGUGCAUUUUGAACCUCAGUAUUUUAAGCUGAGAGCUUCAAUUUUGGUACUUACUCAUUGUUCUUUUAUUUUAACCCGUUAACCCCCCAGAAGUGAUUAACAUGUAACUUCACCAUAUAAUAUAAAUACAUUAUCCAACAAACAGGUGAUAAGAAUACUCAAACUUAUCAGGUAGAAGUUAUCUUAAUCUAACAAAAAUUUCUCCUAAUUGAUUUGAGAGGAAAUGUGUAAAAGUUAGUUGGGAGAAUUAACAAGCAGAUCAUUGGAGUCAAUUGAUGUGUUCUAAGCUCAGGUCUUGCUUCUCAGUGUACGCAAGAUUCUGUUAUCCUUUCACCAUUUCCAUUCCAUCUAGUAGUGUUUUUAAAAAUCUUCACCCUUUCAUGUAGAUUGUGAUAAUAAAAAAAAAAGUUGUACCUUACAAUAAAAGUCUUUGGAAAAAGUAA